AAUCUUCAUAGCUUGCAUUACCAACUUGACCAUCCCACAUAACAAAAGGCGCCGGCUUAGCAGAGAUGGGAGCCCUCUACAACAUUUUUGCCGAUUCUCGGGCCUCUUUCUUCCUGUUCGGUCUUGUUCUUCUCUUUGCUUCAGCAAUGUCGACCUUGGCACAUGCCAAAACUCAUCACCACAAAUUUGUCGUUCAAGCGACACCAGUGAAGAGGCUGUGCAAAACCCACAACAGCAUCACGGUGAAUGGGCAGUAUCCCGGUCCAACUUUGGAAGUCAAUAAUGGCGACACUUUGGUUGUUAAAGUCACUAACAAAGCUCGAUACAAUGUCACCAUUCACUGGCAUGGCAUUCGGCAAAUGAGGACAGCAUGGGCAGACGGGCCAGAAUUCGUGACCCAGUGCCCGAUUCGGCCAGGAGGGAGUUACACGUAUCGUUUCACUAUUCAAGGACAAGAAGGAACAUUGUGGUGGCAUGCUCAUAGCUCAUGGCUUAGAGCCACCGUUUAUGGAGCUCUGAUUAUUCGACCUAAAGAAGGAGAUUCCUACCCAUUCCCUAAGCCAAAGCGUGAAACACCCAUUCUUCUUGGUGAAUGGUGGGACACAAACCCCAUUGACGUAGUGAGGGAGGCGACUCGGACAGGAGCAGCUCCAAACGUGUCAGAUGCGUACACCAUUAACGGUCAACCUGGCGAUCUUUACAAUUGCUCCAGCAAAGGUACUUACACAGUUCCAAUAGACUCUGGCGAGACCAACCUCCUCCGUGUCAUUAAUGCCGCCCUGAACCAACCGCUAUUCUUCAAGGUUGCAAAUCACAAGCUCAGAGUUGUUGGCGCCGAUGCCUCCUACACCAAACCAUUCACUACCUCAGUCCUCAUGCUAGGGCCUGGCCAAACCACAGAUGUUUUGAUCAAUGGUGACCAGCCCUCGGGUCGAUACUACAUAGCUGCGCGUGCCUAUGCCAGUGCCCCAAAUGCACCUUUCGACAACACCACCACCACAGCCAUUCUCGAGUACAAGUCCGCUCCUUGCGCUGCCAAAAACUGCGCAGCAAGCAAACCAGUUAUGACAAGUCUACCGGCUUUCAAUGACACGGCUACUGUCACUGCCUUCAGUAACAGUUUCAGAAGUCCCAAUAAAGUGGAAGUCCCCACUGAAGUCGAUGAGAACCUCUUCUUCACAAUUGGUCUAGGACUCAAUAAAUGCCCACCACAUUUCAGAGCCAGGCGGUGUCAGGGCCCUAAUGGAACACGCUUCGCUGCCAGCAUGAACAAUGUGUCUUUUGUGCUCCCAUCCAAUAUCUCUAUACUUCAAGCUUAUCAGCAAGGCAUACCAGGAGUUUUCACUGCUGAUUUUCCUGCAAACCCACCUCUAAAGUUUGAUUAUACGGGGAAUGUCAGUCGCUCACUUUGGCAACCUGUUCCGGGGACUAAGGGGUACAAGUUGAAGUACGGGUCAAGGGUCCAGGUCGUGUUACAAGGCACCAGUAUUUUCACCCCGGAAAACCACCCCAUCCAUCUUCACGGAUACGAUUUCUACAUCAUUGCGGAGGGGUUUGGAAAUUUCAAUCCCAAGACUGAUACGGCCAAAUUUAACCUUGUAGAUCCACCUCUUAGGAACACAGCGUCAGUGCCAGUGAAUGGAUGGGCAGUCAUUAGAUUUGUCGCUGACAAUCCAGGUGCCUGGCUAUUGCACUGUCACUUGGAUGUUCACAUCAACUGGGGUUUGGCCAUGGUGUUCCUGGUAGACAACGGAGUUGGAGAAUUGCAGACUAUAGAGCAUCCGCCGGCCGAUCUGCCACUUUGUUAAAGAUCAUCUACGGAUCAGAAAUUCCACCAAAUUCAUAAGCCCAGUAAUAGGGGCCGGCCGCUAUUUUUCUACUUAUAUUAUAAGAUUUUUCUGUUGUUUUCCCUGCAUUUGGGGACCGGUUGUUGCUCUGUUUCAUUGUUCUUUGUGAUAGAUAAAGCGGGUUUAGAUGUGAUGGUAAAGUGGUUGCAACACUUACGUACCAUCUAAUAUAGCCAUAGACCCGGCCGGCGCGUUUCUUUAUUGUAGAUGUUUUUUCCGCAAUUGCUAAUAUUGAAGACAGAUCUGAAA